AAUCCGUCUGUGCUACGUUAUCCAUUCUCCCGGGCUGGCCGCGUCCUUUCAAGAAAUUCGCGGGGUGUGAGGGCUGGGACCCAGCUUCCACGAAAACGAAGCGAUGUUGCCUUUGGGGGAGGAUGAAGAGACGAGCGGGCCAGCGUCCUGGAGUUUGGUUUAUUUUUGUUUUGUUUUCCACGCCUGCGUGCUGGAAUGUGGGGGCCCGUUGAGGGGGAGUUUUUGGGCCAAAGGCGAGCAGUGUGAGCGGGAAACUCGGAAGCAACAGACGGGGAGUCGAAGCGUCGAGUCCGUGGAGCUCAACGGUAGCGGGCCAGGUCCGGACUGGGGAAGACUUCGACGAUGAAGUGUGUGUGUGUGUGUGAUUGUGUGGCCACUUGAAGCCGCCCAACCCACCGUGGUACCACCGGGACCAUUCCUUCCCCCUUCGGACAGCGCCUCGCAAGACCGUCACUCCCGGACACUGUUUCAGCACUCGUCGUCACUGUCGGUAGGACCGACGUCGCAGACGCGGUGACGGCUCUCCAUUGCGUCAAAGUCUACAGCUGGAACCGCAGCGGGGACCGUGCAGUUAACAUGCUGCCGUCCCUGAGGGCGCCGACGUUCCUGCUGUUGCUGUGCCUGGGAGCCCUGCCCAGAGCCAGCGGUUUCUCGUUCUUCGGCGGUGGCGGCAAGGAAGACGAGUCGGGCAGCGAGGAGGACAACGCGAUCGUCGAGCACAAGCCCUCCGAAGACGGCUCGGAUGUGCCCCCGUGGUACGGGGACUUCGGCUUUUCCCACGACUACGGGAUGGGGGACGAGUUUCAGAGCUUGCGCGGGUUCGGCAAGAGCCCGGACCCGGAGCUCGAUUUCAAGGAACCCACCAAGUCUCCGGAGGAGCUACACGAAGAGUUUUUCAGGAUCUUGUCAUGGCUGCUGUGACCAAGGACGACAUGGACAACGACGGUGCCUUGUCACUCCACGAGUUUCUCCUGGCUCGCAAGACCCUGGGUAGCGGCAUCAACAGGCUGGGCAACCUCGAACUUUGAUGUCCACAUCUGCCGGCGUGGUUUUCUGCACUACAAAAAAGAAAUACAGCUUUUGACAGCACAAUU